AUGGGGCUACAAAUGGAUAAUGAGUUUGCAUCUGCUUUAGCACCACUUAUUCCUGCGCUUCAAAACUUGCCAAAACCUAAAGUUCACGAUGUUGAGACAAGGCGACAGAUCUUGGCAGGUUUUACGACCAACGCACAACUACCGGAGGAUGUAGCCCAAACUAUCCACAAUGUAAAAACACCAGACGGCUACUCCCUGCCAAUAUGGCACUUGAAGAGAACGGAUCGAAAUCCAAGCUCUGCGGGUGGGCCAGCAGUUUUGCAUAUUCACGGCGGAGGGUUCAUCUCGUUAAGCCCGGCUGUAAUGAUGGCAGGCCUUGCGGAAUACGUCGUAAAAACCGACAUACAACUAUUCGCUGUGGAUUACCGUCUUGCCCCUGAGCACCCCUAUCCGACACCCCUUGACGACUGCUGGGCUGCGUUAACAUGGAUAAUGUCACAAGCCGAGGAGCUUGGAGUUGAUGCAAGUCGAGUUGGUCUGAUGGGCCAAAGCGCAGGAGGUGGUCUAGCAGCAGGGUUGACACUUCUCGCUCGAGAUCGCCAACUGCAGCCUCCAAUUGCACGACAAAUACUUGGAUAUCCUAUGCUUGACGAUAGAAACUCGGAAAGCAUGCCUGAAGGUAUUAUCACAUUAUGGAACGAGGAGGAUAACGUUACUGGGUGGACUGCCUAUCUCGGACGCAAGGUUCAAUCUGACCAUGUACCCAUAUAUGCUGCGCCGGCUCGCGCCAAAGACGUAAAGGGUCUACCUCCGCUGUACAUGGACAUUGGGCAGCUGGAUCUGUUUGUAAAAGAAAACCUUGCGUAUGUUGGAAAGUUUCUCGACGCAAGGGUAGAAACGGAAUUUCACAUCUACCCUGGCUUGUCUCAUGGUUUCGAGGGUCUUGCACCAAAUCAUCCAGUUGCCAAAGAGUUCGGUGCCGGUGUGCGUCGAUGCCUAGGCGAGCAACUGGGCUUGAUGAUGAUCAGCAAAGCCGUGGACGAGAUUGCUCGAAACUUUGAUCUUGAUUUUGAGGCACUGCUAAAAGGAUUUACCGUGGAGAGCGCGUGGUUUUGCACUCGCCUGGCCGCUGUCCUAGGUCACGGCUCUUUUUUUAUUGGGAAUAGUAACCUCACCGUGUGGGAUGCCAAGCAGCAGGAAAGACAAUCGGCAUGUCGCGUUCAGCCAGCUACUGCUGAAGAUGUUUCCAAGGUACUUCAAAUUAUUCUGGAGGAAGGGUGCCGCUUUGCCGUGAAAGGUGGCGGUCAUGCCCAAUUCCUGGAUGACUCGAUUUCGGUCGGAGGUGUUACCAUCGACUUGCAAAAAAUGAGAUCUAUUGAGGUAUCUGCCGAUCGGUCUUUGGCUAAACUUGGGAGCGGGCAUAUCCUGUAUAGCUUAUAUUCCGGGCUUGAGAAGCAUAACCUCACAACACUCGGCGGUCGAGUCGCAGAUGUUGGAUUAGGGGGUUAUGCCCUGGGAGGCGGGCUUUCAAGCUUGUCACCCGCGUAUGGCCUAGCCAUGGAUAAUGUCUUUGAGUAUGAGCUGGUUCUUCCCAAUGCUACUAUCGUGAACGUCAAUCAGGAUAGCCAUCCAGAUCUAUAUUUUGCUCUAAGAGGUGGUAUGAGUAAUUUCGGUAUUGUCACGCACUUCACAAUGAGGGCCUUUCCACAAGGUCAAGUGUAUGGCGGCAGUCGUACGUUCCCAUCCCAGCUUCGACAGGAGGUUCUGCAACAAGCCUUCGAAUUAACAACGCAAUGGAAGAACGACACUGCUAUGGCAUUCUACUCCCAUUUUACAUACCGCCAGAAUGAGGAUGACUUUGACAUUACGGUACAUCAGGAAUAUGCACGUCCAACAAUGGAUCCGCCACCAUUUCGGCAGCUCAAUCGGCUUCCUUCUACGUCAGACAACCUCCGCAUAGACUGGACAAGCAGUUUCAGUAGAGAAUCCAUCUUCCCUAGCGGCUAUCGAAAUCUAUUUGCGACUGCGACAUACCAACCAUCCGUAGACAUUGACAGAAAGGUUCAGGACAUUCUGAUUGAAGAACUACAAUCAUGCAAGGCAGUACCAGGUCUCUUACCAUCAAUCGUGACCCAGCCUAUUUAUGAGGAAGCCAUCAGAGCAAACAGUGACAGAGGAGGGAGUGCUGCUGGCUUAGAGGCAGAAGGCCCCCUUACAGGCAAGUUACAUCUUGGCUUCAACGCAAAGAAGCUUGCGUAA